UAGCAUAGGCAUACAUAUAAAUAAAAAUUUAAAAAUAUAAAUAUAAAUAAUUUAGGAAUGUGCGCGUAUUAUCAAAAGUGGAAAAUAUAUGUACAUACAGAUUAUAUCAAGCGUCUUGUAGUGUCGCGUUGAGCUUUAAAAGAACCACGUGGCUGGCAACUUAAAUCGAGCAUUAAAAAGUCUGAAGUCAGAGCUUAGCCUGAGCAAAUAAUCCAAACAUGGACUGGGAUUGGGCUGUCGGCGGCAUUACGGAUGAGAUACCACGUACAACGGGUCCCGAAUGCAUUAACUACAUGACGGAUCGUCGGCGCUGGAUUGAGACGGCGUUACUAUCAGCUCUAUUCAUCUACAUCAUGCACAGCUCAUGGAAGCGGUUGGCACCUAUAAGGCUGCCGCCACCGCAUGAGAUACAGAAACCUCACAGUCCCAUGCGACUCUUUCUGCUCAUCAGCAUGUCCAUUAUCUUUGGCAUUGAAAUGGGCUUUAAGCUAGCCGGACGCUCAAUGAUCUUUGCCCUGAAUCCGUGUCAUGUUCAAACGUGUCUGCAGAUUUAUCUUCUAGCUGCUAAGCCGACAAAGAUAACAACAGCAUUGUUUCGCAUCCAAAUGAGCAACUUGAAUGGUCCAUUUCUCGCAUUUAUAUUUCCAGAGGUCGAGGGACGAACGUAUCCUUUUGAACAGGCAACGUAUUGGAUUCAACAUGCUUUGCUCUACAUUAUACCCAUUUAUAUACUAAGAAGUGGUGCAUAUACCAUUGAGGAUCCAAGAGAUUUCAAAUGGUCCAAUAUCGGCACAGCAUUUAUGCUCUUUUAUCACUUCGUGCUGCUUUCUCCGCUCUCCAUUUUUACGGGCAUUAAUCUGGAUCAUAUGCUUUGCGCGGCCAUGUCAGAUCCUUUUCAAGGUCAAAACUACAGAUUGUUUGCCUGUUGUCACCAGACUUUAUUGUGUCCACUUCUCAGUAAAGGAACGGCUCUCUUAUUUGGCUCGCAAAAGAGCAGAUCCAAUGAGAAUGGCAUACACAAUGUGGUCGGCGUAGGUGUGCCUGUAGGUUGUGAGGACUACACACAGUCGGAGGCGGAACAUGUGCUAUAUCAUCAGCUGCAGCAGCAGGAAUAUGCCACGGCGGAGUCCAUUACGGCAGAGUAUACGAUGCCAACGACAAAGAUUGACUAGUACAGCGCGAUAGAUCAGGUUAAGAGCUGACUGCGUCUAUUAUAUAAGUCAAUUUAUAGACUAUAACAGUUUUCUUUGGUUAAACUUGAACAUUUACAAUACUUAGGUACGGUUUCUCCUAUAGCCUCUGUAGUUAGACCCAUAGAUCCUCCAAAUAUAAGUUCUUAUCUUGGGAUGCUGUUGGACAAAAACAAAAAAAAAGACCAUAAACAAAAAACGGGAGUGUACAUAAUAUACAUAAUUAAGGCUAACGAUAUAUGCUCAUUGAGGUUAUACUUCUAACGAAACAAAAAAGUUCUAAAGGGUUCUUAGCUGUUCAAUUAUUUAAUAUAUUCGAAUCUUGACUAUUUUAAUAUGUUACGUAUGAUUUUUGUGUAAAAUCCAAUCUAAGCAUAUUAUAAUAUGUACAUUUUUAAUCAUAAGAGCUCAAAACCAAAUAUAUAAUCAAAAUCAA